AAAAAAUGGCUCUCCGAUCUAUCAAACCGCCGUCCUUGAUUACUCCCGCCGCCGCCGCGGUCUCCUCCUCAAUCGUGAACAAGCCUCAGUCUUUCAGAUUCGCCGUCAACAACCUCCACCAACCGAUCUACAUCAUCCGCUCAAUUCUCACACCCAGACUCAAACCAUCAUCCCCCGCCGCCAAAUUCCGAUGCUCAGCGUCGUCUGCGCUCACGCCGCAGCUUAGAGACACGCUGGAGAAGCUGGUGAACUCGGAGAAAGUCGUACUCUUCAUGAAAGGAACCAGAGAUUUCCCGAUGUGCGGAUUCUCGAACACGGUGGUGCAGAUCCUGAAGAAUCUGAACGUGCCGUUCGAAGACGUGAACAUUUUGGAGAACGAGAUGCUGAGACAAGGGCUGAAAGAGUACUCCAGUUGGCCUACGUUUCCCCAGCUUUACAUCGGCGGUGAGUUCUUCGGUGGUUGUGAUAUCACUCUUGAGGCGUUUCAGAGUGGUGAGUUGCAGGAAGUGGUUGAAAGAGCUAUUUGUUCUUGAAGUUGGAUGAUACUGGUUUGAUUGUUGAUACCUGUGUUUGGCUUUUGUAAUGAUUUCUCUAUGUCCUGAAGAAACGUGUCCUUGAUGUCUCAGAGUUUAUGUCUAGUAACUUAAGAGACGUUGUGAUGGAACUCGAUACAUUAUAAAAGGGUUUCUUUGAUGUAUAAGAUUUUAUGGUUGAUGGUAACACGAGACAUAUUGGAUGAUGGAACUAGCUGUAGAACAAUAGUACUACCAAUAUAUUAAGAGGUCUCCUUGUUGAUUUGAUCUAUUAGAUAUGCGCCUCUUUUUGUUUAGUCUGCAUUUUUGUGUUGUUGAGAUGUUACAAAGAUCAAUUUUUGAAGAUUCCAGUAACUUCCUGAGUAUUAUUAGAACUUUAAUCUGACUAGAUGAGAGUCAUGAGUCGAGUUGAUAUUACAAUCUUGAGUCUCUUAACUUCAG